AUGGUCACACAAGCCGUAUCAAGUCAAACAGAACACGCGGUAGCUGCCAGCCCCAUAAACGUUUCCCAAGAUCUUGAUACAGGCAUACGCAGAGCCGCGCACCAAAUUCGGCUCAUUAAGUAUUUCGCAGCACACCAGAGAUCGAUCAAAUACGCAUCGUAUGCUGUAGAAGAAGCCUUGCGCGGACAACAGUCAAAUCGCCUCAGUAGUGAGGAUGUAUCAAGGAGAUGGCUUCAUACUGCAGAGGAGGAGAUUGAGAUAUGGGUGAAGCGAACGAAGCAGAUGGUAGAAGAAGUGGGAAGUACGCGGAAGAAGGGAGAGAAGUAA